AUGGAGCUGCUCGAGUGCCGACUUUGCCUCUUUCCCAUGUGGGAACCGGUGACCAUACCUUGCGGUCACACAUUCUGCAGGAGGUGCGCAGUGACGUACCUCCCGUCUAAAUGUCCGACCUGCAAAGAGAGGUUAAAACAGAGGGAAAUGAGGAACGGGAAAAACAACGUUCUACUCAUCCGUGUCAUUGAGAAAUGCUGGCCCGAGGAUGCAAAGAUUAAGCGGCACUUGCAGGAGAAGCUACGAGCCAAGCAAUACCAGGAGGCUUUGCGCGUUGCCAACGACGGAAUACACCAAGUCCCCGAAGACCCAAGUCUGAAGUUAUACAGAGCUGAAGCGAACUGUGGCCUGCUGCGUUUCUCUGAUGCUCUAGCGGACCUUGAUUACCUUUGCUGUCUUAGGCCAUUAUGGAUUGAGGGCUUUUUUCGAAAAGGGAACAUACUACUGGAAAUGGCUCAGCAAACAGAAUCCCUCAUCCAGUUUCAUCAUUGCCUAAAACUUCAAGCUGACUUUGUUCCUGCUAAGAAUCAGAUUAAGAAGAUUUUGGAAGCAGAAGGCAUCUCGGUGCCAGAGGACGUAUCCUGCAUUAUCCAGGUGUUAGCUGAGUACUUAAAAACUUCCUACCCCGUUAAAAGCCUCAGUGGCACCCUGGUAACACACCCUGAGGACCUCAAACAUCCAUAUGGGGACGCAAUGGGCAAAGAUAGGAGAGACGCACACCAGACCUCAAAAGCGAAGCACGACAAUAGCACAGAGUGUUGCCUGAGCCUCUGCCAAGCUGUUUCUUUCCUGCCUGCUAGUGAAGAUGAUGAGGAUAUGACAAGAAAGGAGGAUGUGAAUGGCAGCGGUACAUGUGCCAGGGAUAAAACUCUGAGUGUACUCAGUGUGUCAGACUUUGAGUGCCCGCUCUGCAUCAGGUUGUUUCAUGAGCCAGUUACCACUCCAUGUGGUCACACUUUCUGCAAAAACUGCAUCGAGAGGAGUCUGGACCACAACCUCCGUUGUCCACUCUGUAAGCAGCCACUACAAGAGUACUUGAAAAAUAGGAAGUAUAACAUCACUGUUGUAGUUCUGGAUAUCAUGGACUGCCUUUUCCCUGCACAGUUGGCGGAAAGGAAACAAAUCCAUGAUGCUGAAAUGGCUGAGCUUUCAAACCUCACUAAGGACAUCCCUAUAUUUGUUUGCACUGUGGCCUACCCAGGUGUGCCGUGCCCACUGCAUAUCUUUGAACCUCGAUACAGACUGAUGAUGCGUCGCUGUAUGGAGACAGGAACAAAGAAGUUUGGCAUGUGUAGUUAUGAACAUGGAAAAGGAUUUGCAGACUAUGGCUGUAUGCUGGAGAUCCUUAGCCUGGAGCUGCUACCUGAUGGCCGGUCUUAUGUGGACAGUGUGGGUAGCAGCAGGUUCAGAGUCUUAAAAAGAGGCUUAAGAGAUGGGUACCACACUGCAGAUAUUGAGUAUCUGGAGGAUAACAAGGUUGAAGGAAGUGAAUUGGAACUCCUGCAGCGUCUGCAUGACAGUGUCUAUCAACAGGCUCAGGACUGGUAUCAACGCCUCGGCAGCCGCAUGAGAGAACAGAUAAACAGGCAAUAUGGUAUCAUGCCUAGUAUUGAGGAGAACAUUCAGGCCUCAUCAAACGGUCCAGCUUGGUGCUGGUGGCUGCUCUCUGUCCUCCAGCUGGACCCUUCCUAUCAAACCACGGUCCUCUCCCUCUCCUCGCUAAAAGACCGUCUUGGUCAUCUACGCCUCAUUCUUGAGUACUUCUCUCAAAGCUAA